AAAAUGGCAGCUUCAACCGAUUUAGUUGCUGCAAAGAAAAAUUUGGCUGAAGUUUUAGGCGAUGAUAUGAAGAGUUAUCUGCAUCACUUGAAGUUAUGGUUUAGGAUGAAGAUUGCCAAAGAGGAGUUUGACAAGGAGGCCAGAAAGCUGCUCACAUCUCAGACAGUCCACCUCCACAAUGAGUUUCUGUUGGCCAUAUUUUCCAAGUGCCAUUCGCUCAGUCUGGCUUCAGCUCCCAAGGCCGAACCAGGGAUUAGCAGUUCUUCCAAGCUGUUGAAAAGAGGAAAGGUCAAACGAAAACCUGCCACAGUCAGAAGCUCAUUUCAGCAAAGGUUUGUUCCGGUGAAUCCAAUGUCUUGUGCUGUGACGGCAACAUACAAAGAUGUGAAAGAUUUAGAAUUUGCAGGACGAGAGAUGUGCCUGCCAGACAUGUCCAUGUUGCAAGGGAGACUACUGGUGUGUGCCUGGGAAGCUGGCCUUACCAAUGUGGAGGAAGCAGUUGCCACCCUUGUCAUGCAGUCUGUAGAGGUUCAGUUAAAGAACAUUAUCACAGAGUUGAUUUCAAGGCGGAACGGCUACAAGUUGCGCGAAGGUCGUUUCAAGUUUGCUAUGGGCGAACCUGUCCCCAAUCCUUACACAAGGCACAGCCAGCUACUGCGGGACAGAACGCUAGAGAGCGAGGCUACAACAGUGAACAGUGUGGGUCAUCACGUGCCUGCCAGACGGUUCCCCGAGGAAGUGAAUGAGGGUUACAGGGCCCAGACACUAGCUGCCUCCACUAGCAAGCCAGAACCACGAUAUCCCUCCACACUUUAUAACCUCCUGGAAACAUUACAGACCUACCCGAAUCUCAUCCCUAAUCAUGCAGUGUACGCCCCUGCUGUAGAGAGGAUCAUCCACAGGCUUUGGCAUCCCAGUCACGAGGAGCUUGGACAUUUUGAAUCUGCCGAAAACAACAACUUGCAAAAACAAGCGUCUGGGUCACCUGUGAGAUAACAUCCAAGUCACAAGGAGCAUGGACAUUUUGAAUCUGCGGAAAACAAAAACUUGCCAAAGCAAGCCUCUGGGUCACCUGUGAGAUAAAAAAGAUUGUAACUCCUUUCAGAAUAUUUUUUGUAUGUGCUGAAAUUCUUAAGAAAUGAGGAGCUAAGACAUUUACAAUCUUCAGAAAACUCAAACUCACAAUAACAAGCUUCUGGGCGCCCAGUCAGAUAAAGAUAGAAGAUUGUGACUGUUUCAUUGUAGUGUGACUGCAACUACAUUUUGUAUUGUCAGCAGCAUGUUUUAGCAUGUGAAGAGUUUGUGUAAAAAUGCCAGUAGUUUUGAUGUGUAAACUUGAUGGAUUUAUUUUGAAAAGACUAGAGAGUUGAACCCAUAGAAUAUUUUUCAAUCGACCAUUGCUUUAGAAAGUAGUCUAAUCAGGAUGUCUUAUCAAGCAGUAUUUAUUAUAAAGAUGAACUGCAAAGUUUCUACCCCACUGUUAAGCCACUGGAACCAUGAUGUGACGUGUUAUUAUCAACCGCCAAAAGUGAGAGUCAGUCCUUCUUGAUAGGUGUAUAGAUAUCAAUGAGGAGAAGUGCCAUGCACAAGAACCGUAACCCUACACUUUAUUUAAAAAGAGUUAUUGCCCUUUGUUUUUUAUUUGAUGUAAUUUUUCAGGGAAAAAUCUCAGUUACGUGCACCAUGCAAGACUUCAACAUGAAACUUCAUGUGGGUAUUGCGUUGUGUGUUGUCAAUUGUCAGCUCAUAGAUUUAACAUUUUUCAUCCAGUCUUGAUCAAACUUGCCCAAAAUAUUUAGCUUAAAAAUAUUUAGGCUGAGUUUGAAAUUGGGUCAGGUGUGUCUAAAAAAACUAGUGCAUCUUGUUAUCACUCUAGAGGCCAUACUUAUAAAUCAAUCUUGAUGAAAUUUGGUUUGAAUGAUUUUUUUUGCAAUGUCAAUUGCGCAUUUGAAUCUGGGUCACUUGCGUCCAAAAGCUAGGUCAUGAGGUUAAAGCUGUGGAAAGCCUUGUUAUCUCCAAAGAGGCGUCAUGUAUGACCCAAUCUUGAAGAAACUUGGUAAUAAUGAUUAUCUUGACAAUAUCUAGGCCGUAUCGGAAUCUGGUAACAUGCUCCAAAGACUAAGUAGCCAGGUAAAAUCUAAGACCCUGGUUACCACUCUAGAGGCCACUUUUAUGAUUCAAUCUUGAUGAAACUUGGUCAUAAUGGUAACUCUGACAAUGUCUAAGGCGAGCUUGAUUAUUGGUCACAAGCAUCUCAAGACAAGGUCAACAGGUCAAAGCUUAGAAAAACCUUGUAACCACUCUUGUAGCCACAUUUAUGUCUCAAUCUUGAUGAAGCUUUGUUAAAUAGAAUGUUUAUCUGUACAAUAUCUAUGCUAUGCUGUGUUCGAAUCUAGGUCUCAUGUGUCCAAAAAAUUAUUUAAGUUUUGACAACAGGUUUUCCUCAAACUCAGGUGAGCGAUUUAGGGCCAUCAUUAGCCUCUUGUUUAAAUAAAAACAUAAUGUACAAUGAAAUAUAUACAUUAGAUAGGCCUUUCAGAACAUUUUAAUGUUUUGUAUCAUUUGUUUGUAUAAAUUGUAGUUUUUUUUAACUCUGUAGAUCAGGUUGCUUUGAUAAUAUAUGUUAUUAAAGAUGCCAAUGUUAUAAAUCUCAUAUUAUGUCAUGUGUUAUACUUGUAAGCAAUGUGUUCAGAAGAUACAUGUAGUAAAUUCUAAAUAAGUGCUUAUUUAAAAGUGUUUUAAUUUUGAAUUUGUUAUUAACUAUGUGAUUAAGAAUAAAAAGCAUCUCAAUUGUAUACUAGUAUUUAAGAAGCCCCUAGUCGGGCAGAGGAUAAAGAUGAAAGGGAAUUAAUUCCUUCAUAACUUUCAAUAUUUCAUCAAUUAGCAUUAUUUUAAGUUUUUGUGAGCAUGGCACUAAGAAAGUUUUUGAAUGCUGGUAACUUGUUUUACUACAUUUUGCUUAUUCUAUUUUUGCCUUUGCAUUUGUUUAGAAUCAAUUUAAUAAAAGCUAUUUACUUUA